AUGGGAUCCCUUGGAACCACCGCCAACGCUGCUACCACCCACUCCUUCCACGUCCUGGAUGACCCCCGCCCCCAUGACAAGUCCCUCCCCGCCUUCAUGGUCUCCAAGGCUCGUGGAUUCCUGCCCCGGGCCGACCCCAUCGUCACCCUGCCCGACGAGUUCUCCGCCCUGGAGUCCAUCCUGCAGAGGAUGCCGGUCAAGACAGCCUGUGGCGAGCCAGGGCUCCUGGCGCAGUACAAGCUCGGCGACGAGAUAGACGGGGGUCUCUUCCCCAACCUGGCCGCCGAGAUGGACGCGUAUAGGGACGACCUGCCGGUCAUGAACGCCCUGUACCGCGACUACUCGUUCCUGGCGUCGGCCUAUCUCCUCGAGCCGUGCCACCACCGCUUCAUCAAGGGGGAGCCGUACGGUCUGGGACGUCAGGUGCUGCCUGCUUACCCAAAGAAGGGAAUGGAGUACUCCAACCUCCGUCUGAUACGGGCUUUUGAGAACGGUCUAGACCCCACCUCGUCCGAGGCCGGCUUCGUCCUCGUGCACGUCGACAUGGUCAAGAACUCUGGCGCCCUGGUAUCCGGGGUGAUGCAGUGUCUCGACGCUGCCGCCGCCGCCGCCGAUGCAGGCAACGACGCGGAGAGAGAUACGGGGGCAACGACAGGCCGCCGGACCCGGCUCAAUGCCGGGUUAGAGUCGGUCCUGGCGGCCCUCAGGAAGAUCAAUGCCGUCAUGGAGACUAUGUGGGGCAAGUCCAGCCCGAUGGCCUACACCAGCUUCCGCACCUUCAUCUUCGGCAUCACGUCGCAGUCCAUGUUCCCCGACGGCGUGGUGUACGAGGGGCUCAACGACGGGAAGCCCCUGUCGUUCCGGGGCGAGAGCGGCGCCAACGAUUCCAUGGUGCCCCUCAUGGACAACCUCCUCCAGGUGCCGAUGCCCGACACCCCGCUGACCGAGAUCCUCCGGGACUUCCGCGAGUACCGCCCCAGCAACCACAAGGGCUUCCUCCUCUUCGUCAGGGAGAGAUCCCUGGAGCUGAAGCUGCGCGAGUACGCGCUCGGCCUGGACGGUGAUGGCGCCGACGAUGGCGACGGCGACGACGACGACGGCACGAGGGACCUGCUCCGCGCCUCUCGUAGCCUGUGGAUCCAGGUCCUGGACCAGGUCCGCGACUUCCGCUGGCGCCACUGGUGCUUCGCGCGCGAGUACAUCCUCAAGCGCACCUCUCACCCCACCGCCACCGGCGGCAGCCCCAUCGUCACAUGGCUACCCAACCAGCUCCGGGCCGUGCUGGACGACAUGGCCGACGUGCACGCCCGGUCCAAGGCGCGGCACCCCGAGGGCCUGGGCCCCACGGCCGAGCGCGUCAUGGAGAUCGCCAUCCGUCAGCGUGAUAGCCUCCGCAAGGAGGUGGACAAGUACUGCGCCGAAAGGGGGGUGAACCGUAGCUGA